CAGUGAGGAAAGAUGCUUUGGAAACUGUAUUUUUUUGUGUUUGCUACCUCGGUCAUUCUGAAUUUUGUAGGAAUCGUUGCCAAUCUUCUUAUUAUAGUGGUCAUUUAUAAGGAUUGGGUCAGAAGCCACCGAGUCUCCUCUUCGGACAGUCUCUUGUUCAGCUUGGCUGUCACUAGAUUCCUAACUCUGGUGUUGUUUCUACUGAACAAUGUCUAUAAUGCUGCAAGCGCUGUAAGGUCAGUCUACUUUUCCACGUUUUUCCUGUUGUGUUGGAAGUUCCUGGACUCCAACAGUCUCUGGUUAGUGACCUUGCUGAACUGUUUGUAUUGUGUGAAGAUUACUAGUUUCCAGCACCCAGUGUUUCGUCUGUUGAAACGGGCAAUCUCUGCAAAGACCUCCCGCCUACUGCUGGCCUGUCUUCUGAUUUCUGCCUUCAGCACUCUCCUGUAUCUUGUGCUCACACAGAUAUCACGCUUUCCUGAACACAUAACUGGAAGAAAUGAGACGUCAUUUGACCUCAAAGAGGGCAUAUUGACAUUAGCAGCUUCUUUGGUCUUGAGCUCACUGUUACAGUUUAUGUUCAAUGUGACUUUCGCUUCCUUGUUAAUACAUUCCUUGCGAAGACAUAUACAGAAGAUGAAGAGAAACACUACCACCUUUUGGAAUCCCCAGGUGGAGGCUCACAUGGGUGCCAUGAGGCUGAUGAUCUGCUUCCUCCUGCUCUACAUUCCGUAUUCAAUUGCUGCUCUGCUCUAUCCUCUCUCCUAUGGAAGGAAGAGUCUGAGAGCCCAGGCUGUUUGCAUAGUUAUUACUGCUGCUUACCCUCCAGGACAUUCUCUCCUCCUCAUCAUCACACAUCACAAACUUAAAGCUAAAGCAAAGAAGAUUUUCUGUUUCUACAAAUAGUGGAAUUUCAUUCGUGAAGUUUGACAGCAUGACUUCAUGGUUUGGUUGCAAGUGUUAGAAAUUUCACGGUGAUCUAAGGACUUGAUUUUGUGAUUCUAUAUCUGACAUCUUGACCCUGGUCCCGAGUGCUUGUAUUUUAGUCAAUACUGCAUGUGUUUUUUGGCUAAUAUUUUAAAGUAAAGCACAUUCCUUAAGGAAUUGUAUGAGGCAUUUGUGUAUUUUGCAUGGCCAUUACAUUCCUAGAUAGUGGAAAUUAUCAUACUGUUCCACUAGCUGCUGAAGUAUAAGGGGAUGUCCCUGAAUGAAGGCCACAUUGUGAUGUACAUGGUUAACACAAAUUAGAGAAUUUAGCCAAGGAUCUCUGAACAAGGUACCACUAAUAACUAAGCUGUCACUGAGAACAGAUUGGCUUAAAGGGUAACAAGGUAGUACAUAAAGAAAAGAGGGAGGGGGUUCAGAGAAAAAGAGAAAAGUGGAAAGAGAUAGGUGUGCAUUUGUGGGGCAUGAUAGAUAAAGGAUCCUGAUGUUUGUUGAGCUGUUACUAUCAAGAAACCCUGGUACUGAGUUCUAGGCUUGAUCUAGAAAGGGUCAGAGCUGAUAUAGUGACUGAUAGUAAACAAUUCACUUAAAACAGUUGAAACUCAAAGAAUCUAUUUUAUUAUCUAGAGACGUAGCCCUAGGGCAAAAGCAAGUUCUAUUCAGAUAGUGAGAGUAACACCAUCUGAGUGGAUAUUUAGAGAGCACAGCACCUCCACCUUGUGCUCCAGAGUUCAGUGAAGGCCGAGAGCAUUGAGCUGGUGGUGGAGUACUGGACUGGGGGCUUAUCUCAUCGGUUUCUACACUGCACAGUUGUCCAGGAGAAUACUGUUUUGGGGAAUCUGAUGAUGGGUGUUGACAAGUUAUGAAGUGGGGAUUGAGCAUUCAUUAUUGACAAUUGUAUAGUUAAAAUAAAUUGCUUAUGUAAUAUUUAUAUAUCUCAAAAUAAAUAAACUUUUGAAAUGUACAAAUCA